GUGAGUGAGUGAGAGAGUGAGAGAGAGAGGGAUCAGGCCCAGCUUUCCCCUCCCGUCAGGUGCGAGCAGCUGAGGCGACGCCAGGAUGUCCGGCCCAGCUCAGAAGACGCAGAGCCGCGCCAUUCCCACCAUCCGCAGGGUGGUCGUCAGCGACUCGGCGCAGCUGCCGCACGACUUCAGCACCACCCCCGGCGGCACCCUCUUCAGCACCACCCCGGGAGGCACCCGUAUUAUUUAUGACCGCAAGUUCCUCAUGGAAUGCCGCAACUCCCCUGUGGCCAGGACUCCUCCGCGUGAUCUUCCCAACAUCCCAGGUGUCACAAAUCCCAAUACCACAGAGAAGGUGAAGCCAGUGGUGAACCAUGUAAACAGCCACGAAGAGAAGGCAGCUGGUGGAGAUGACGCCCAAUUUGAGAUGGACAUUUAAGGAACACCAUGUGGUCUUCUCCAGGGUGAGAGGAUUUGGUCCUGGACCCUCUCCAUUUGGGUCUUUGCACCAGCCCAGACGUCUUUUCCAAGCCACCAGCAAACUUUUUUUUCCCCAUUGAUGGAAUCCACCCACUUCUGCGAAGCUACAGACAGUGACAUUUCCUUCAAAUGCUGUGAAAAGUGCACGUGCUUUACGUGGCAGAGCAUCUGCUGUUCUAAUUGGCAACAACCGUUGUGAAAGAGGGGCAGUCUCAUGGGUUCUUGAUCUAUUUAACCUGGUUUCAAUUUAAAACUCCUUUGGUGAUCAAGGCCAAAGGCUAACCUUUCAGAGGUAAUUUUUGUUGAGAGGGAGGGAAAAGAGAGGGACAAGGAAAGCCAAUGAAAUAAAAUGAGAUUAAUUCAUUUGAA